GCGAGGCGCGGAGAAGUGGGGCCGGCAGCGGCCAUUAUUCUCUCAGCAUUCUUGCGACGGACGGUUGUGCCCGUCUGCUUACAAUUAGUGAUCUUCUCGUCCACCCCUACAUGCGUGGACAUUUGGCGACCGUGACUUCUUCAAGUUAAACGGUCAUGAGGCGACCGUUGAAGUUCGUGCAACUGUAAUGGCGACUGUCGAGAAAUAACGGACUACGCAAGAACAAAGAAAUUGGAACUGCUGCCGUGGCGCUUUGGAUUCUGCAACACUACAAGUUGAAAAAGACACGAAAGUCAAUGCCGAUGUGAAGUAAGCCCGUUCCUUUUGUUCCCUAAUUUUUUAAAACUACUAUUUGCUAUAAUUUGUGCUAGCCUACUUGCAAACGUCAGGUUAUGUAUCUAGCUUUAUGCGUACUAGCCAAUUUGCACUAUUUUGAGCACUAAGUUAUAAUUUGCUUGAUUUCCGUAUAGAUCAAUGCAUUUAAAAUUGCAAAGAGAAGUUGUUUAUAUUCGGUAAUUAGCUCAAUAAUGCUUGCCGGCUUUUUUAUGCACCGUUAUUUCAGUAUUAGCGCUUCGUCAUAAAUGAUUUCUGUAUAAUUCAAUAAGUGGGCCGUCUUUUAAGUUGUAUGCAAUAACAAUACGCUAGUAAUUAUUAUUUUAAAAUAAAUCGCAGUAAGUUAAUGUUAUAAAAGUGUACAUUGUACCUGCCGUUAUAAAUACCUACCGUCAGUUUUGUUCUAUGCCACGCUUGCUACUUCUAUGCGAUAAUUUCUUUUCGCCUUCUUUUUUAUGCAUAAAGAUUAAUACAUUCUAUUUGCAUUGACUCGUUAAAGGUGCAUUUUAGUUGUUUAUAAGUAUUUACUUGCAUUUAAUAGGUAAUUACGAUACAGGGUUUAAAGUCCAUUGAGGUGCAUUCCUAUGGUUCAAAGUCCAUUGUGGUAAAUUCCAGUAUAAUCAUCGCUGCGCGCUGUGACCGGGACCCUGUUGCUACGCGGUUUCCGGGCUAUUCGCGAGUACGGGCGCUGUGGGGAAGGGUUCGCCUGACGCGGCCGAUGCUGCUGGCGGGCUCGGCGGCAGCGGUGCUGGACUUGACGGCUGGAUCGUGUUACCGGUUUGAUUGCACCAUUUUAUUUACUUAGCUCAUUGUUUAUUGUUUAAAAUGGCUGAGGAAUUAAUUAAAAAAUUAACCAGAAGGCGCGGUGGACUUAAAAGUCAGUUGACCGUUUUUAAAGACUUUGUAAAAACUGUACAAGGGUCUGAGCACACGUCAUUAUUAAUAAAAGAGUUGAGUUUGCGAUUAGAUGGACUUCGUAAAUUAAUGGUUGAUUAUGACGCCGUGCAAGUUCAACUUGAAGAUAUUUCCGCUAAUUUCGACGAACAAAUAGCAGAAAGAACUCAAACUGAAAGUCUUUUCUAUUCGCAAAUUGCAUUAGCGCAAGAUAUAAUUGAUUCGUUUUCGGCCAAAAAUAGUGGGGACAGUGAUUCAACUAAAUCAAGUUCGUGUCAUGAAAAACAUUUGUCAGUUCGUCUACCAGUAAUAAAUUUGCCGACGUUUGAUGGAAAUUAUACGCGUUGGUUAGAGUUUAAAGAUUUAUUUGAGUCAUUGAUCAACAACAACGAGUCAAUUGCGCCGGUAAAUAAAUUCCACUAUUUAAGGAAUUCAUUACAAGGAAGUGCUAGUUUAGUAAUAAGGUCAAUAGAUUUUUCUGCCAGCGGAUACGAGCUUGCGUGGAAGACGUUAUGUGAAAGAUACGAUAAUAAAAAUAUAUUAAUAAAUAACCAUUUGAGUGCGAUCGUAAAUAUUAACCCUAUACAAAAGGAGUCUUUUAAGGCUUUAAGGUAUUUAAUUGAUACUGUGUCAAAAAAUUUAAGUUCAUUGGAUACGUUAGGUAUUUCAACUCAGGGUUGGGACCCGUUAGUGAUUUUUUUGGUCUCGGCGAAGUUAGAUCCCAAAACAAAUGGAAAGUGGGAGGAGUAUAAAGGAGGUUUUUCAUGCCUACCCUCGAGUGAUUUAAAUAAAAUUUCUGAAGUGCCCACUUUAGAGCAUUUUAAAGAGUUUUUACGUAAUCGGGCUAAUGUGUUAGAAACGAUGUUUUGCAGUCGGUCAAAUGAAAAUAAACCUGUUUUGAAGGAAAAUAAAAAUAAUAAAUCUUUUGUUUCAUCUGGCGAGGGACCACGAAUUAAAACGUGUCUGAUAUGCGGCCAGAACCAUCAUGUUUAUCAGUGCACCAAUUUUAAGUCAAUGGGUCUGGAAGACAGGCUUGUUGAAGUUUCAAAACAUAAACUUUGUAAUAAUUGUCUCCGCGCGGGACAUGAUGGUUCUCAAUGCACUUUGAAGGGUUCCUGUCGUAGUUGCAAGAAAAAACACAAUUCGCUCUUGCACUGCGACAGCGUCAGCAGUAAUAAUGUUGCAACUACCGACACUGUAAAAAAUGUAAACUCUUCUGUUCACAUGUCGACUGGCGCAUCGGGUCAGGUUAUGUUGUGCACGGCACAAGUCGAAGUAUAUUAUCCUAAAAGUAACACUACUUAUCUCGCUCGUGCGCUCUUGGACAAUGGCAGUCAAUCGUGUUUCGUUACAGAAAAUUUUAAGAAAAAGUUAAAACUACCCAUAAAUAAAAUUGAACCGUUUAAUAUUACUGGGAUCAAUAAACAGAAAACGGAGAUAACCGAACGUAUCCAACUAAAGGUCAAGUCUCGCGUUAGUUCGUAUGAAUUAGAUGCUGAUUGUUGGGUGAUUCCCACAAUCUCUGAUGAUGUGCCAAGUGUGGCAAUCGAUGUCGAAAAAUUGAAUUUGCCGCAUGUUGAGUUAGCUGAUCCGUUGUUCUAUAAACCGGAUCAGAUUGAUAUUUUGUUGUCAGGAGACAAAUUUUUUCAAGUUCUUAAGCCGGAUCAGAUAGAUCUAGGAGAAGGAAAGCCUAUCCUACAAGAUACUAAGUUAGGAUGGUUAGUAGCUGGUCGCACAGGCGAAAGCUACAACCGAUUUAAUGUUCAUUGUAAUUUAGCCACUUCAAGGCACAAGACGUCACUACAAGAUGUCGAUGAUUCUCUAAAACGUUUUUGGGAGGUGGAAGAUUUGCCUUCUAAUUGUAAGUCUUUGUCUGUUGACGAAGAGUUUUGUGAAACUCAUUAUGUUGAGACUACUACUCGUCUACCUGAUGGUCGAUUCUCUGUGCAGAUGCCAUUCAAGGAAAACCCCGAAGAAACUCUCGGAAACUCAUAUCCUAUAGCUAUGAGACGUUUUCUUAACUUGGAAAAGAAGUUAGAUAAAAAUCCCAACGUUAAAGAUCAGUAUCGUGAUUUCUUGCAGGAGUAUGCUGAUUUAGGACACAUGACCGAAGUUAAGCGGCCAAGUUUCGGGUGCUAUUUGCCCCACCACUGUGUUAUUCGUGAGCAAAAAGAGACUACUAAGCUUAGAGUCGUUUAUGAUGCGUCAGCGCCUACGAGCUCAGGCAAGUCUCUGAAUGACAUUCAGGCGAUAGGUCCAGUCGUGCAAAGUGACCUACUUUCAAUACUUUUGCGUUUCCGUACUAAUAGGUUCGUUCUGACAGCUGACAUAGAAAAAAUGUACAGGCAGGUAUCUCUCAGCGAACAACAGCGCCAUCUGCAGCUCAUUCUGUGGAGAGACCAGGCCGAUCAGCCUGUCAAGAUUUUUCAGCUUAAUACUGUUACGUAUGGGAUGGCUUCGGCACCUUUUAUUACAACAAGGUGUCUCAAGCAAUUAGCUCUCGAAUGUCAAGAUAAAGUCACUUCUAAUGUCAUUAAAAAUGAUUUCUACAUUGACGAUCUUAACACAGGGUCGUCAACAAUAGAAGAAUUGAAAUACAUUUACGAAAAUGUUGUCAAAGUUGUAAAUUCUGCAUGCUUUCCCUUGCGCAAGUUUCGCACGAAUUGUCCACAGAUUUUAGAAGACCAGUCAGGGUCUACGAAUUGCCUUGACUUUAAUAAUGAUACUUCCGUUUUAGGCCUGAAAUGGUCUCCUCAGGCGGAUACGUUGCAUUUUCCCAUAGAUUUUGCACCGCCAAACAAAAUAACAAAACGAACUAUCAUAUCUACAACUUGCAAAUUGUUUGACCCAUUGGGGCUUCUAUGUUGCUGUAUUGUUAAACCUAAGAUUCUUCUUCAGAAUUUGUGGUCUGCUAAAUUGGACUGGGACACUCCAGUACCUUCCGAUUUCGAAAAAAGGUGGUUGAAGUUUGUACACAAUUUGAAUCACUUGUCAAAAAUUAAUUUAAAUAGAUAUGUUCUUUGUGAUCUACCUAAUACUGAGCGCACAGAGAUACAUUGUUUUGUUGAUGCGUCCCAAGAGGCUUAUGGAGCAUGUGUUUAUUUGCGGUCGAUUGAUAACAAUAAUCAGGUCACAGUUAGAUUGCUUUGCGCUAAAGCCCGAGUGGCCCCAAUUAAGCUUUUAAGUAUCCCAAAGCUUGAACUAUGUGCCAGUUUGUUGGGCGCUCAAUUGUGCACGAAAGUAGCUCAGUCUAUAAAAACGAAAAUUGUCAAAUAUGUAAUGUGGACCGAUAGUAUGGUCGUUCUCGGUUGGCUUAAAACGCAGUCUAAAACUUUGCAAACUUUCGUACGCAAUCGAGUUAAUAAAAUUAAUGAGUUGACUCAAGGUCACGAGUGGAGACACGUACCUACGGACUUAAAUCCGGCAGACCUAGCGUCGCGGGGCGUCGAUCCGCAGCAUCUGCCUUCUUUAUCUUUCUGGUGGGAAGGUCCUUCGUUCCUAAAAAAUAAUUUUAUAGAGUGGCCCUCACAGCCUCAAACACCAUCAGACUUACCUGAGGUUAAGGCGUUAUUAAAUGUUAAAGACGAUACCUUAAGCUCUGGUGAUCCUGUCGUAAUAUUCGAUAAGUAUUCGAGUUACGUACGUUUGAAAAGGAUUUAUGCUUACGUCUUCCGGUUUAUACAUAAUUGUAAAAAAUCAAAUGCCAAACUUAAGGGACCUUUAUCAGUUCAGGAGCUUAAAGACUCAUUGGCGUUUUUAGUCAAAAAAUGUCAAGCGCAGUCGUUUCAGAAAGACAUCCAAAAUUUAAGCCAGGGUAAACCACUUCAUAACCGAAGUAGACUUUUAUCUCUCAACCCUUUCGUAGAUCCCAGUGGUAUUUUACGUGUAGGAGGGAGAAUAAGUAAUUCUAACUAUCAUUUUAAUAAAAAACACCCAAUUUUGUUAGAUGCUAAGCAUUACUUUACAAAGCUUAUUAUGAGAUACGAGCACUUACGAUUAUAUCACGCAGGUGCUCAGUUGAUUUUAUCAUCACUACGUGAAGAGUUCUGGCCAGUAGGGGGUAGGAAUUUAGCUCGAAGUAUAUCUCAAAGGUGUGUUGACUGUGUUAGGCAACGAGGCAAAACAGUUCAGCCUAUAAUGGGUGAUUUACCGAGCGUAAGACUAGAAUCAAGUUCCGCUUUCCAUUCUACUGGGAUUGACUUCGCCGGUCCUUUCAUGAUAGCUAAUAAGAAGGGACGCGGUAGCCGUAAUACUAAAGCCUACCUAUGUGUCUUUGUUUGCCUCGCCUCUAAGGCGGUUCACCUCGAUGUGGUAAGCGAUUUAUCCACUGAAGCUUUUAUACUGUGUCUGCGCAGGUUCGUAUCGCGUCGUGGCAAGCCCGAUGUAAUUUACUGUGAUAACGGGAAAAACUUUGUAGGCGCGCACAAUGAGCUAGGUAGAAUUUUACGGUCCAGCCGUCAUCCAGUUUCGGAUUACGCAGCUAACGAGUCGAUUGACUUUAAAUUCAUUCCCGCGUACGCGCCUAACUUUGGCGGCAUAUGGGAGGCUGGCGUCCGAGCAGCCAAGUUUCAUUUAAAACGUAUUGCUAGUAACGCAAACCUGACGUUUGAGGAGCUGACUACUCUUUUUGUGCAAAUAGAAGCUAUCCUAAAUUCUCGUCCAAUUACUCCUCUUUCAUCAGACCCCAACGACAUGAGUCCCCUUACCCCAGGGCAUUUUUUGAUUACUCGGCCACUGACUUCGUCUGUGCCCUCUCUACCCGUCACGGGCAAUCCAGCUACCAGAUACAAGCGCAUCGAGCUACUCCGGCAGCAGUUUUGGGAAAGAUGGCGUCGUGAAUUUAUGGCUGAGCUUCAACAGCGCGUAAAAUGGAAAACCAAUCAGAGAGGAAUCCAAAUUGGAGAUCUCGUUCUGCUCAAAGAAGACAAUCUGAUGCCGUUACAAUGGCGCAUGGGGCGCGUCAUUCAUCUCUACAAUGGCCCUGACGGCGUUUGUCGGGUCGCUCAUAUAUUGACGGAGAAAGGUCCAAUCAAAAGGGCCGUAAACAAGAUGUGUCUUCUGCCAACUGAUCCUGACCCCAAGGACGAGGACAACAUGUCACAGGAUGAUCAGAUCGAUCCCUACAAUCAGUCUUCAGCAUCUGAUCCCUUGAAAGCAGUAUGCUUUCAACGCCGCGGAGGAUGUUAACGCCUCGUCUUUGUUCGGGCAUCUUCGGGAGCCGUC